AUUCGCACGUUUUGCGUCACCUUUACAUACAAUUAAUAACUCUCCAAGUCCUCUAGAUAAAUACAUGAUAGAAAUUCCAAUUGUUAUUCAAUUAAAUUAGUUCUCGAACUAUUCUGUAUUUUCUCUUCAGGAAAAGCCAAGAACAACCGAUACACCGAAAAAAAAUUGGUAUUCUGAAAUUACGGGCGGAAAUGGAUUGGGUUCGUGGUCAAAAAUUGGGGAAUGGAAGCUUUGGAACGGUGAAUUUAGCCGUAUCCAGAAGCCAGAGCUCUCAAAUUCCACAACUGAUGGCCGUGAAAUCUUGUGGGGCGUCUGUUUCUGAUUCGCUCAUGAACGAGAAAUUGAUCCUCGAUGAGCUUAAAGAUUGCCCAGAAAUCAUUCGCUGCUUUGGGGAAAAUUUUACUGAUGAAAACGGUGAGAAAUUGUAUAAUGUAUUGUUGGAGUAUGCUUCCGGUGGCUCUUUGGCGGAUAAAGUGAAGAAUUGCCGGGAUAAUCGGCUGCCGGAGAGUGAAGUCCGGCGGUAUACAAAGGCUUUACUGAAAGGGCUUAAUUAUAUUCACAAGUUUGGUUUUGUUCAUUGUGAUAUUAAGCUCCAGAACAUUCUUAUGUGCCCAGAUGGUGGUGUAAAGAUUGCGGAUUUUGGCUUGGCGAAGAGAGUUGAAAGACAGAAAGUGGGUGAUUCUGGGUGUGAAUUGAGGGGUACGCCACUGUAUAUGUCGCCGGAGAUGGCUACCGGAAACGAUCAGGGUCCUCCCGCCGACAUAUGGGCACUUGGGUGUGUGGUGGCGCAGAUGGUCAGUGGAGCUUCGCCGUGGAGGUGUUUCGGCUUGGCGGAGCUACUGAUGAGAAUCGGCGUUCAUGGCGAGAAGCCGGAGGUGCCCAGUAAUUUAUCAUCAGAAGGAAAAGAUUUUCUUGGAAAAUGUUUUAUUAGUGAUCCAAGUAAGAGAUGGACGGCUGAGAUGCUUUUAAACCAUUCCUUUGUAGAUGAUCAAGAAUUUGCUGGCACUGUUACAUCAAAAGGUAGUCAUCAUGAAGAUCAUGCCUCGACCUCUCCUAGGUGUCCAUUUGAUUUCCCUGAUUGGACAAUUACAUCUUUGCCCUCGCCGGAAUAUUCCUCAAAAUCUAGCUCAUGGUUUCUUGAAGAGGCAAAUUCGACAACUGGGUCGAAGUCCAUUCCGCCGGCGGAGAGGCUGCAAGGACUAGUGAGCGAUCGUCUGCCUCAUUGGGAUUGGUCCGGUCUAGAUGACUGGCUCACCGUUAGAUGACGUGAAAAUCUUGAUAGAAUAUCAAAUUUUUGUAGAUAUUUUUCUCUAUGCCUGAUUUUUUCUUUGUACAUAAAAUUGAUAGAAAAAUGAUUAUUCCAUGUUUAUAUGGUUGAACACUCUUGAUAA